UCAGGGUAAUAUUUUGGAGUUCAUUCAGAGGGUGUUCAGGAGUGUGAAUCAACCCCUCCCCUGGAGUUUAUGUUUAACCGUCACUAUGACUACACUUGCGCAACAAAGAGAAACUGGGCUUCGAAGUGAGAUUAGUGUGCAUACCGAUACUGAAGACAGGAGUCUCACUGGCUAAAGGAGUGUUAAUGAGAGAAGAGUCAGGUUCAUGAAGCUGCUGCUCCAGAGCUCAGUGAAGUCUUGGCAGCAGUGUUUGGCAUCAGAAUGACCAAGACAUUGAUAAAGGUACAACUAGGGGCAAAGAAGAAAUAUGUGAAAUUAGAGGACGUUUGCUUCUCUGAUUUCGUUAGUGCUUUCCAGGAGACGUUUCUCAUACCAGAGGACACAAUACUGAAAGUCACAGAUGACCACGGUGUAGAAGUGGAUGACGAUGUCUUUCCAGAACUUGCAGCCAGAGAAAUCUGUUUUGUCAUCUAUACUGAUGAUGAACUUCCACUAACUGAAUCCUCCUCAAACUCUGCUGACUGCUCAGACAAGACAGAAUAUGUGACUCUUGAUCUAUCUGUUGUGCAGCAAGGGGGUGAAAUACCAUCUUCUCCAAGUCUGACAGAUACUGCAUCUGUCUCAAGUAGUCUUAGCAGCGACACAAGUGAUCUGGGAUGUAAAAGGAGUGAAUCUUUGGACAGCAACUAUGCAAGAAAUACUGUGGAGCAAAUUCUGACCUCAAAGCCAGCAGGAAUGACUGUGAUUAAAGAGUAUGAAGAAACUGGGAGUUUGAAAGAUUCCACCAGGCGAUUAAUGGUGAACAUCAUUGUCGUGCACAUGCGUGAAAAAGAAGGGAGUCGUGUUAGUAAAGCAACAAAGGAGUUUCAUGCACUCGGGAUUGUGUUUCCAGCUUUGAAGGACCCAUACUCAAACAAGGGAUAUGAACACUUUUACAACAUACAGAGCAACAAAGGCUUUCUUGAGUGGCGUUUAAAGACUGUGCAAUGUCAGUCCAGAACAGCCUCUUCAUCCCUCAAGAAAGUAGUGCUUAAAGGAGGUCCCACAUCCUCAAGACCCACUGUAGUUACCACAGGGGACCAGCAAACAGGAGAUGACUGUAUGGAAGCCAUAUCUCUUCUCAACCACACAACAGACCGUGACUUAGUCUUCCACAAGAUGAGAGAUACCUUCCAAUACUGUCAGCAAAUACUGCACAAUCCACAGCACUCAGCUGAUGUACUACAAAUCUUUCCUCGCUUCUUGGAUAUUAGACUGAUUUUGCAAGACCUUUCACUAAUGUUUGGAGAAGAGACUGCAUCAAGGUUCCUGCGAAAAUGGAACACCAGUUUUAAAGACAAAGUCACCCAGGAGGCCAAAAACCUAAAGGAGACUUCACUUCUAAAGCGACAUCUGAGAUCUGCUCUGAAUGAAGGAUCUGAUACCACUGAUGAUCCAGGUACAUCAAAUGUUGUGGAGCAGAGUAUCGUGCUGGACUGUUUAUUUUGUGCAGGCACCCAAGAAAACUCACCACUUUUUAGCAAAAUAGCCUCAAUCAUUUUGCACAAUGAUCAAGUUGUUUUUGCUUUGAUUGAGCAUGAAACUUUUUUUCAUGACCAUUUUCAUGUUUAUCAAGUGAGUGAAUGCAUACCUAGGAAGAUAUUGGUUAUAGAAAGGGAGCAGUUAAGACAUUUUAAGUGUUUUGAUGCCCAAAUGUCAUAUGGGUGUGAUUCCCAAUUUUAUGUUGUAUCAGAAAAUUGUAUUAUUUGAAUGGCAUUCAUGUGAAGUUGUUCUUUCCUAAUUUUAUGCACUUCAGCAGGACUAAAUGGAAAAGUUUACCUUAGCACAAUAUUGCACUAGAUAGACAUUGCUGUUAUGUUUUUAUUUUCUGACAAUCUAAUGCAGCAUUUAUGUUAUUGACUUUAUACAACUUAAAUUUCCCUGUUGUGAGC